GGGACAAUACAUAAAGGCACGGGCACUCCAGAAGUCGGUGCAACUCCGUGCGGGAGAAAAGCCUCACCGCUUUACUUCCUAAAAACAUGCUUGGACGGAAAUUCUCGCGGAUGUCUGCGGAGCCCGUGCGGAUCAUAUAAGCGCUUAAAAAAAAAACAGAACAUGUCGGACGGUGUGGUUUCUCUGACCUCGUGCAACACUCCGCUGCUGCAGCCCGUCUGGGACGGGAUACGCGAGCAUGCCGGAGCGCGCGCGGCGCCACUGUGGGGCGCGUGCGUGGCGUUCUCGGCCCACGUGCUGCUGUCGGCGCUCUUCCUGGGGCUCGACGCGCUCGGCCCGCGCGCCCCGUGGAUCCGUCGGUACAGGAUGCACGGGAAGCCGAUCAGCCUGCGCGCGUGGUUGCGCUGCCUCGCGCGCAUUUCGUGGAAGUACGCACUGUGCGUCCUGCCGGUGAGCGCCUGCAUGGGCUACGCGCAGACGCGCCGGAGCGCCGCGCAGCGCGAGCGCGCCGCCGCGCCGUCUCUGCUCGUCGCGUGCUCCGAGUGUCUUUCAUGCCUGCUCGUGUUCGACACCUUCUUCUUCGUGGUGCAUUACACCGUACACAGAAACCCCUGGCUCUUCAAGAUCUUCCAUCAGUCUCACCACGUGAACACGCACCCUUUCGCUCUCAUGGCUCUGGACUCCAGCAUGGUGGAGCUGGCCUCUCAGCAGGUGCUGGCCAUGUGGAGCACCAUGGUGGUGGGCUGUCACCCUGUCAGCGAAAUCCUUUUCCACCUCCUCAACAUCUGGCUGGCUGUGGAGGACCACUGUGGCUACGACUUCCCCUGGGCUCUCCACCGGAUUCUGCCCUGCUUUGGAGGAGCGCCGUUCCACCAGGCGCAUCAUCAGCGUGUUACAGGGAAUUACGCCCCGUACUUCAAACACUGGGACCUCAUAUUCGGAACAGCAAUAAACAUGUGAGCAGAUGUUUGCUUCAGAAGUAGCGGGAGACUUGCACUAAGGUCCACGUGUUGCUCUCUGGUGCAUACGUCAAAGAUCACUGAACAGAUCAGUGAACGAAUCUAUUCGGUGAUCGAAAUAAAAGGAUUUGAGUGAAUGGAAAUGACCCUUGUUAGCGCUUGAUAUUAUUCUCUUACCCUUGACGCGUUUUUUUUGUAACAUUUAGCGAUGUACUAUCGCCACCUGCUCGCCGUGUCUGCUCAUUCCUAUCAAUUGUGCACUUUUCACGUGGAAGGAAAUUCUUUUUAAAAUCAUGUGAAUGGGAUUAAAACUGUGUAUACGUAUGUGGGGGUGGAGCCUAACUGUAACACCAGGAUCGUUAUCACUCAUCAACUCACGUUUUCAUCUCAUCUCUUUGCAGUGAAAGGUUUGUAAGCCAAAGAUAUUUUUGUGAAAACGGUCAACCUGGCAACCCAGAAUAAUAAGGAUUCUGUCUUCAGCGAUGUUCAAGCUUUGAUGCCUCGUGUCACUUAACGUACACUCUGAACAGGAAGCAACCCUUAAACGGACAAUAAUCAUGACAUCACAGUAUUAAUCACAUGCCCCACAGCAAUAAAUGAGGUCAUGUGAUCACGUAUCAUGUGAUCACACCAGCCUGCUUCCUGCUUUAAUGAAUGCACCUUCAGUGAAGAGUUUUAUCUUGAAUAGACGUUUAUUUUUAUUACAUACAUUACUGUGCAAAAGUCUUAGCCCCUCCCCCUUUUCUUAAUGCACAUUCUUGGACUUUUAUUGAAUGUCUUCUGCACUAUUGCACUAUUUUAUAUAAAUAUAAAUAAAGAGCAAUUCAUUUUAGAUUUGUUACUAAAGAAAGUAUCAUAUAUAAGGAAGAUGAUGAUAAGGACAUCUGGAACAUUUUAUCCUGCUUACAGCGCAGCAUGUUACAGAGAAACUGCAAAAAAACUGACAUCCGACUGUUACAGAGCUCUGAAACUGGAGACUCCUUCCAUAAGAAUGGGAAUAUAUCAGAACUGAGAACUUUAACAGAACCCUAUCUGAACCUGAGCAGUGCUGUUGCGCAUAAAUAAUACACCAAUUCUGACCAAUCAGAAAUAGGCGGAGUCUCCAGAAACUGUUCGAUUCGUCAGUCUUAUAUAACUAUGCUUAAAAGUUUACCUGAAACUACUGAUGUCUUACAAAAGUAAACAUCGUCCCAUUAUUUACUGACUUUCUUUAUUUCUGUUUAUUGCUUUUUACAGAUGUUUUGUUGAAUUUGAAGGCUUUACAGCAUUUAUUUAGCUUGUUAAAGAAAUCUUGUGCUCCUAUGUCGCUGAGGUAAAUGAUAUCUGUGUUUAUCUGCACUGGUGUAUAACUAACAUUAACAACAAAGUAAUGAUAAAAGAACAGGAUGUCCAUAUAUGGUCAUGUAUUUUUACAAUGAUGUAUUGUUUAAGUUUAAAGAGUAAUAAAAUAUGUGAAGACACAAGUGUGGAGAAAAAAUCUUAUAUG